UAAAAUUUCCGCAGUGCUAAUAAUAUUGAGUAACAAAUGACCUUUGCAAGCAAGGUGAACAAGAAAUGUGCACUGUCUAGAAAGGGCCACAUUCUAUCUAUCUGGGACUAGAUUUCAUUUAGUACUGUUGAAAAUAUCCUGUCAAGCGGAAGUAAAUUUGUAGGAUUGAUAAUCUGAGACAAUUGCAACUCCGUCUCGACUCUCCGUUAUCGAUACCCUUGAGAAAUGCAUCCUCCUGUUAAUGAACAGAAGAAUCGAUUCUCCCUGCCCUUAAAUGGCCUUCAAUCUUGCACUACGGGUUCAGCGUCUUACUCGCUACCUUCUCGUUCAGAUUCCCUUAGACCCCGUAAAUUACGCACAGAAACGGUAUCGGAUGAAUUUCCAGAAUUUUCCUCUACCUCUUCCAUCCCAAAAUCGAAGCAUUUAUCUCAACCUAGUAUUUCGGAGUGUGGCUUUUUUGGUCGUCUACAGAGGGCUUUUAGGCGCUCCGCGUCCUUCGAUAAACGCCACAGCGCUUACAAUCGGCCGUUGUCUGGGCAACUAAUGAAAAGCACAUUAUCGGCCGCUGACUUCAACACAACGCUUACGCAUGCGAAAAGAACCACAUCGUUCGAUUCUGCGGCCCACAAUUUAUCAUUUGUUCCCGCAACCUAUUCCAUGACUUCCACGCCCAUGCCAUCGUCUACUCAUCCCUCCCGAGGCCCAUCAGACAGAUCCUCUCAUCCUCUGACAACUAGUUCUUAUCGGAUACCUUUGAAGAUCAGAGACUUCGCGUAUGCGGCUUCAGAUCCGAGGCAUCAGGGAUUAGGAGAGGAUGGUAAGGGGACGUUGAAUAUACCCAGAGAAAAUCGAGUGCGGGUAAUUUACCAAAUGUUACUUGACGAUGUCGAGUACCAAGCUUGGAAAGCGGCUGCUAUUAGUGCAGACCAAGAUAUUCAGGACAGCGACGCCAUGGACGUCGAUGAGUAUGAGAACGAAGAUGAAGAAGAGACUGACGAAGAUGAUAACAGAGGAUGGAAUGGACGAUGGAGUCUCCCAUCUGAUGAACCAAAUUAUGAAAAUGAGGAGGACGACGAGGAAGGCGAAGAAGAUGCUGGUCCCCUUAGUCCCGGUUUAUACCGUGCCCUUUACCCUUUCAUUCCGGAAGGUUCACGAGAGAUGGCGUUGAACGAAGAACAGGUUGUACGAGUAGUCGGUCGCGGAGGAGGAGCAGGUUGGGCUGUUGUCGUAGUUGACGGAGUCGACGAUAAAGGAAAGCGACGAUCGUCACAGAAAGAAAGACAACUUGCGUUAGUUCCGGAAAGUUAUCUAGAACCUAUUGCUUUGGAUGAAGAUGAUCCUUGAUCUGUGAUACACCUGUCUGCUCUUGCUUUCAUUUCAUAUGAUUCCUUUGUCUUCUUGUUGUGACUCUUCUAAUUUCUUAUUCUUGUACUUCUUGCAUAUCCCAUUGUUCUUUUACAUGCCUUGUAUCCAUCAUUUACAUACUACGUUCUAGUGACAAUAUUCUAUCCUAUGAUAAGGUUCUCUUAUGCUAUAUUACUUCUGCUCCCAUUUUCCGGUGCGAUGACGCUACGAUAUAUUGAUCAUUAUAUUAUCCUCAGAUUAUCCUCCAG